AUGGACCCCGCAGCCCAGCGCCUCCUUGACUCAGUCAACUGGGCCUCCCUCCACCACGCAUAUGGCGAAGCAACCGACGUGCCCGACAACCUGCGUGCCUUGCUAUCGCCAAAAACAUCAGACCGCUCAAAUGCAUAUGAGGCCCUCUCCUCAAACAUUUUCCAUCAAGCAACCCGCUACGAAGCAACCGCAUAUGCUGUUCCAUAUCUACUCAAGAUUCUAGAGAACCCGGCGACACCGGCCCGAGCCUCCGUGAUUAACUACCUGGUUGAUCUAGCCCUGGGUAUUCCGUCAACAUUCCUACCUCAUGGCGUGAACAUUAUCGCAUGGCGUCAGUGGACAGAGAAGAUAUAUGCUCCUGGGUAUGAAGCGGAGUACUACGCUGAACAUGAUAAGUUAGUGAGCCAAGCAAGGGAUGAAAACCAGCGGAAAAUGCGUGAGUAUGUCCGUCAUGUUGGACUGGAGCGACAGCGCAGAUACGCCAAACAUGAGUUGGCGGCGUAUGAUGCUGUUUGUGCGGGUGUACCACUUUUUCAGAAGCUUUUGGAGGAGGAGGAGGAUGUGGAGAUUAGGGCUUUUGCAGCUUAUGCGCUGGCUUGGUUUCCUGGGGAGGGAGCAGGUGGAAGAAAUAGGAGUAGCGCUGGUGCUCUGCAGCGGGUGCUUGACCGGGAAGGCGAAGAUAUUUUGGUUCUGUCCAGUGCCAUAAUUGCACUGGGCUUGCUGAACGGAUGUUGGAAAGAUGCUGAUGGUGUUUCUGAUGGCAUGGGCAAUCUCAUCAGCCGUCUUCGUGAGUAUGGAGCUAGCACGCGUCCUUCAUUGGUUCGGUUCGCUGCUGCAGUAUCUGCCGUUCGACUACUUCAUCACAGACCAGAGGAUGUCUCCGUCCUAGCCUGCAUUUUAGCCGAUCGCUCGUUCGUCCCUAAAAGUGAUUCCCAGAAGUCCAACGAUCUCGGGUUUCCCUUCCAUGAGGGAGAUCUGUUCCAGUACAGCGGCAAGGCGAUGAAUACAUUAAACCUGGGGGAUUAUCCUGGAGUCAUGUCCACCUUGUUGGACGCAUUCCCGCGCUUGGGAAGGGUGGAAGCUUUUGAACUUGCUGAAGUUGAGUUGGAGCUGGCCUUUGGUCCUAGGCCCGAGGAUGAGGAUGGACGGCAGGUUGAGUCUCUGAAUGAGAUUCAGCGGCGAACGGUCACCGCUUUAGCGGAGCUGGCAAUGAAGUACUGGCGGGGCGCGGUUUUGGGGGAUAUUCUUGAAGAGUGGAAUAUUCCGGGUGGGAGUCGGGAUGAGUUGGGUGUGGGCCAACCCAGCAGUCAACAGAGUUCAGACGUCAACGAAGCUUUUUCAUAUAUUUUGACUAUUAUCACCACCACCACCAUGUCUAAGGCCUAUUCUGAUGUUGAACGACUUAUUGAAACUGCUUGUUCAGUAGCUAGAACUGCCAAAAAACCCAAUUUCGCAGCAUUGGCGCGCGAAUAUGACAUCCCCGUUGGAGGUCGUCUAAACGAGGCCCAAAAUGGCCCAUUAAUUCGCUGGAUUGAGCGCCUUGAUGCCCUAAAUGUGCCCCCUACAGCUAAAUUGGUAACUGGUACUGCAAAUGCCUUUUUACGAAGAGCGGUCCAAGAUCCACCUCCUCUCGCUAAAGACUGGGUAUAUGACUUUGUAACAACACACCUGCCGCCUCACCUUAAUUGGGUACAUCAAAAGACUGCAGAACAGCAUCGUAUUAAUGCGGAAGAUAUUGGCAUUCUAACGGCAUGGUAUGAGCGCUUAGAACUAAUAGUUACCGGCCAUAACUAUGCCUGA